AUGGAGCCACCAGGGCGAAGGAUUCCGUGCUAUUUCAUCGACAAUGAGGAGGAAGAUGUCCGUUCGGAGGAUGUCCGUGCGGAGCUCGACACUGAUGCUACCACGAGAGAAGCUGGGGCGGCUCUCGUUGCAGGUGAUGGCGGCGGCUCGAUCUCCUCCUUCCAGGCUUGUUUCAACUCAGCAACAGUCGACGUGGAUUCGUUGGAAGAAGGUGGAGCAUUAGGUAGUAUGCAAGAAGAGCUGGUCCCUUCUUUCCAUGAAGAAGAUGAGAAAGAAGUAGAGGAAUCCAACUCAAGCUCACACCAGAGACAGGAUUCCUCGUCUACCAGUUCAAAGCCAGCUGGGAGCAGUCAUGUGAGAGGCCUUCAACGAACCCCCGAUGAAUUUAGGGAAAAGACAGCACCACUACGUACGUCCUUUCACAAUGAUUCCUUGUAUACCAGUUUAAAUGCUGGAAGCAAACAUGUGAGAGGCCUUCAACGAACCACUGAUGAAUUCAGGGAAAAGACGGCACCACUACGCACGUCUUUUCACAAUGAUUCCACAUCUACCAGUUUAAAUGCUGGAAGCAAACAUGUGAGAGGCCUUCAACGAACCACUGAUGAAUUCAGGGAAAAGACGGCACCACUACGCACGUCUUUUCACAAUGAUUCCACAUCUACCAGUUUAAAUGCUGGAAACAAACAUGUGAGAGGCCUUCAACGAACCCCUCAUGAAUUCAGGGAAAAGACGGCACCGCUACGCCGGUCCUUGCCACCGGUUGUUACCGGCAGGGCAAGGGUUGAGGAGGACGAAGACCAGCAGGAAUACCAAAGCAUCCAAUCAGAUGUUGAAGAGGGCACAAUGCACGAACCCCAUGCGCAUUAUCCCAAUCCUGUCAAUCUCGCAGAGGACGACAACAGCGACAAUGGCGACAACAGCGACAGCUACGAGAGCGGUAGUGCUGCAAAUGCAAGGGACCAACAGGCCCUUCUGGUUAAUAACGAAACACAUCAGUCCCUGUUGGCCUUAGAUGAUGAAGAAACAGCGACACAGCAAAGAAACACAUCCAGCCAUGACAAUGAGGACAACCUUGUCCAUGCCCGGCCCGUUCAAGAUCAAGAAACUGACUUGCAGCAAGCCACAGCACUGAGCGAAGAAGAUCUCAUUCGACGCCAAAGACUCAAACAAGAAACCGAAAUGAAGCGCCGUCGAGUCCUACUUCUGCUAUUGAUUGUCACUCUCUUGCUCAUUGGUGGAAUCGUGGCGGCAUUGGUCCUUACCAUUGGUCGAAAUGCUGAAACUUCUAUCAUUGCUACUACAGAAGACCAGGUCUCCGUCCACGACGAAACACCGCAAUCACCGGAACCGUCAUUGUCUCCUAGUGGUGCACCGACAGCACUCCUCAUGGACCUACCAGAAUUCACAAUAAACGAGUGUGACUGGUAUUCGGCCAAUUAUGUUGACUCUUCGCAACUAUCGGAUGGACUGUUUGUUGGAUUGAACCAAGAGAAGCAAGAGAACAUCUCUUCUUGCUCGGAAGAUGAACGCUUCACGACUCUGUCGUUGUCCUUUUUGGGAGAUAUUGAUGUUUCCAUGCCGCUUGAACUGAGCCUUCUCUCCCAGUUGGAUGCAAUUCUUAUCCAAAAUUGCCAGCUAGGAAACAAUUCGUUGUCAGAUCUGCUCCCCUCAAUGUUUGGCCAGAUGACGCAAUUGGGUACGAUUGCGUUCGACACCAACAUGAUAGUUGGGACAAUUCCGGAUGUGUCAUUUCUCUCCCACGUAAGAUCCAUCAAUUUGCAUGACAACGUUCUAUCUGGCACCUUUCCAGCAUCUAUGACGAAGUUGACUGCAUUGGAGACACUCCGGAUUGCAAGCAACAGCUUGACCGGAACUAUUCCCAAUGAACUGAGCCAGAUGUCUGCCCUGGAAUCCCUGAGCUUUAGCCUCACUUUGAAUGAGACUGAAUUCCCAACUGUCUUAUUCAGCUUGCCAGCACUCAAUAUGCUCACCCUCUUGGACAGCACAUUGUCUUCAAUUCCAACCGAAGUUGGGGCAAUGCCUCAGCUAGAAGAAUUCGUUGUCAUUGUAUCCCCUACAGAAGGCACCAUUCCAUCUGAACUCGGUCUAUUGACAAACCUGAGUAUUCUACGAAUGACGACCACAUUCAUGUCUGGUACCCUUCCAACGGCAAUAGGGCAACUCAGCCGUAUGACUCACUUGGGACUGAACACUCCAACCCUAGACUAUCUUGAGCCAUUAAUUUCCUAUCAUGGGAUAAUCGGGAAUCUACCAAGCGAGAUGUCCCUAUUGACAGAUCUGGAGCAUUUGAUCUCAAAAGGCAACAAGUUCUCUGGUCCGAUUCCUGACUUGUCAAAUGCCACGGGUCUCAGAACACUGAAUCUGGAUGGCUGCUCGUUGGAGUCUACCAUACCAACAACCAUUGGGGUGCUAUCGAACUUGUUGCACCUGACACUGCAAGACAGUUCAAUUCGAGGAACCAUUCCAACUGAGAUUGGAAACCUUGAGAAACUUUCUUGGUUACAGCUUUCUCAGAACCUCAUCACUGGAAAAAUCCCAAGCCAGCUCAUAUCCAUGACAGACCUGGGAGCAUUUUGGGGGUGGGACAAUCAACUCACAGGACCCUUGCCAACGGAGAUUGGUCAUCUGACAUCUUGUGGGACCUUUCUGUUUAGCAGAAAUCUAUUUUCAGAGCAAAUCCCGAGCGAGCUAUCCUUGCUUUCCAGAUUGGUCUUAGUUCACUUAAGUGGUAAUUCACUUACUGGAUUUGUGCCAAGUGAGAUUGGCAAACUGCCUGCCAUUGAAACCCUUGACUUUUCGGAAAACCUGUUGUCUGGCCCAAUCCCUAGUGAACUGUUCCGCUUGUCCACUUUGGAUCUUCUUGGCUUUGGAUUGAACUCACUCAACUCAUCUCUUCCGACAGAAAUUGGCCAAUUUCGAUUCCGAACAGAACCCCCAAUAUUAGGCUACGUUGUUGGAAUUAUGAGUUUUGUUCGAAACUCUCUUUCAGGAAGCAUUCCCAGCGAGAUUGGCAACUUAGAAGUGGGGUCUCUAGGUUUGAAUUUCAAUGAACUCUCAGGUCAAAUCCCAACAGAGUUUGGCCAGAUCAAGCCUCUGUCAAGCCCAUAUGCCCUGUCUAAUUUGAGCCAAGUAUUAAUGUUUGGAAAUCGACUUCUCACAGGAACGUUGCCGUCGGAACUUGGUUUGAUGACAACAUGCUGGUCCUUGUUUCUGGGGGCAUGUGCCAUUUCUGGCACCAUUCCAAGCACCCUGGGCAAUGCAACAAAUCUGAGACAUCUGGACUUGCAAUCCAAUCGCCUUUCUGGAACUAUUCCUCCGGAGCUUGGGUUGUUGCCAGUACUGUUUGAAUUGGAUCUUUCACGCAACUUACUGCUAUCAGGGACAAUACCAAGCUCUUUGUCAUCAUUAUCCUACCUUGUUUCUUUGAGUCUCUUUCUCAACUCAGGCUUGUCUGGCACACUGCCCUCGGAACUGGGCUCACUCUCUUCCUUGCAACUGCUCAGCAUCCACAGCACUGCCGUUGCAGGACCUCUUCCUUCUGAGUUGGGUCAACUGUCAACUAUGUUCCAGCUUUAUCUAUACAACAACUGGUUGACUGGAGAGAUCCCCUCAGAGCUUGGGAACUUGGUCUAUCUGGAAGAGUUGAACCUGUCUGCAAACUUCCUUUCAGGUCAUGUGCCAUCAGAGUUGGGUCUCAUAUCAAACCUAACAUCGGUUUAUCUGCAUCGGAAUGCUUUGAAUGACAGUCUUCCAAUGGAGCUUUGUCCAUGGUUUUGCAAUGCAAAUGAAGAUCCAGUUCUUGUUGUAACCUGCUCGGUCAAGGACUGUGGGUGUAACUGUUCAGCCAGCUAG